UAGAACUCCACGAGGUAGCGGUUCGAGCUGAUGUUUGACUGCAAGCUGACUCCGCAAGCAUCUCUCUGUAUCUCCCGAUCCUCCUCAGGCCCGCACCUGGACACACCGUUUCCUGCCCUCUGGAGAGGAGAGGAAUACAGCCAACUGCAGGGAUGAGAGGGUGAAGGAAUGAAAGCAUGAAUAGUCCACAGAGAGAGAGAGUCGGAAAUCCGUGAAUCCACAGUGGAUGUGAUAGUGGAGAGGUGCGCAGCAGACAAUACUUCAACUGGGAUUUCAAAGGGGAAACUAAAAGGACAACGGUUAAAACCGUUAGACAUGGAAUUCAGCUGGUGAAUAUAGUCCCUCUCUCUGGCCGUCGCGAGAGCAUCUUGGUUUGGGUAAUACAUUUGUUCACUAGCUCGUGUCGCUCACGCUCUUGACCGGUGCGCGCUCCUCCCCAUCUUUCCCACGCGAGUGAAUCUGAUGAGUCCGGGUGGCGGUGUGUUGUUUCGCCGCAGCACGCGUACGCGCCCAGACUUUUCGCGCUUAGCAGCAGCAGCAUGUCCUCGCGCAAGAUCUCUUCGGAGUCGUUCAGCUCGAUGGGCUCGGAGUGCCUGGAGAGCCCCGGAGAUGAUGGCGACUCCUGCCCCUUUUCACGCAUCUGGAACGGCAAGAGCCCGGUGGAGAAGCUCGCGUGCCCGUUCGAGGACGCACCGGGACCCAAACGGGCGAACAGACGGAAGCGCGUGAACCUGGACUCGCUUGGGGAGAGCUUGAGGAGGUUAACGUCGCCCACGACACAGAUGGUUCAACAGUCUUUACAGAGAACCUUAGAGUUCUACAGACAGAAAGAGAUCAGGUGCAGAGAGGAUGGGAAGGAGGAAAAGAAAAGUGUUACUUUGGAGAAGUGUCCCUUUGUGGAUCAUUGUGGUUCUGGAGAAGAGGCAGACAUCUCAGGAGUACUACAGUACAUGGCUACUCUACAGGGUGUGCGGUUCUGUGAGCUGAGGGAGCGUUUCGGGGAGGAGUUCUUCGGUCUGUGUUUCGAGGAGAACGAGCGGGUUCUAAGAGCGGUGGGAGGGAACCUGCAGGACUUCUUCAACGGCUUUGACGCCAUCUUAGAACACAUCAGAACCUCGACCGGACGCCGUGCCUCCUCAGAGAGCCCCUCCUUUCAAUGCAAAGACCCUCACCAGGAGGAGAGAGGAGGAGGAAGAGGAGGAGGGGAGAGGGUGGGAGGAAAGCUUCUCCUCCUCCACUGCUUUAACCCCGCCCCUGUCGUGGGAUUGGCUAUGCCUGGUCUGAUUCGAGGUGUCGCACGCCGAAUCUUCCACUCCCACGUUGUGGUGAAGGAAGCCCCUCCCCUAGCGUCCUUGUCAUCCAAUGAGGACGCAGAACACUCAGGAGGAGACUCCAUCCCUACUCCCACCGCUUCUCCUUCCUCGUCUCCCUCACCCCCUUCAUUGUCUGCCCCCGUCUCACUGUCCUUCCUCAUCAGAGAAACCUUCCCCUCCUCUUCCUCCAUCCCUCCCUCUGUCACCCUUCCAUCAGAGACCUCCAAGCAGACCCUCCAGCCCCUCUCCCUCUCCCCCACUGACCUGCGCAUCGGUCCGGCUACAUUCUGCAGGGCCUUCCCCUUCCACCUGGUGCUGGGCCCCAGCAUGGAUCUGCUUCAGCUAGGGGAAGGUCUGAGGAGGCAGGCUCGGAUCGAGCCUCACCGGACCCUCUCCUUCAGGGACUGUUUUGAGAUUAUCUCUCCCAGGAUCCAGCCCACCUUCCAGGCAAUACUGCUGCGCCUGGCCUCCCCAUUCACCAUCCGCACCCGACCAGACUGCUCCCAGUCAGGCACCAAGGAGAAGGUGAUGGAGGUGAAGGGUCAGAUGAUUCAUGUCCCAGAAUCCUCUACUCUGAUGUUCCUGGGUUCCCCCCGGGUGGACAAGCUGGAGGAGCUGAUGGGCAGGGGCCUCUACCUGUCAGACAUCCCCAUCCACGACGCCACGCGUGAUGUCAUACUGGUGGGACAGCAGGCCAAGGCACAGGACGGCCUCAAGAACAGGAUGGACAAACUAAAGGCAACUCUAGAAAAGACACACCAAGCUCUAGAAGAGGAGAAGAGGAGGACAGUAGACCUUCUCUACUCCAUCUUUCCUGGUGACGUGGCCCAGAAGCUGUGGCAGGGGGAGUCUGUCCCCGCCAGGAAGUUUGAUGAUGUCACCAUGCUGUUCUCUGACAUCGUGGGCUUCACGGCAGUGUGUGCCCAGUGUACCCCCAUGCAGGUCAUCAGCAUGCUCAACGAGCUCUACACACGCUUCGACUACCAGUGUGGAAUCCUAGAUGUGUAUAAGAUUGAGACUAUAGGCGACGCCUACUGUGUUGCGGGCGGGCUCCACCGGAAGAUUGACAGCCAUGCCAAGCCAAUCGCACUCAUGGCCCUGAAGAUGAUGGAGCUGUCAGAGGAGGUGUUAACGCCGGACGGCAAGUCCAUCAAGCUGCGUAUAGGUAUCCAUACAGGCUCAGUGUUGGCGGGGGUGGUUGGGGUGAGGAUGCCCAGGUACUGUCUGUUUGGCAACAAUGUCACACUGGCCAGCAAGUUUGAGUCUGGGAGCCACCCUCGAUGCAUCAACGUCAGCCCAACCACAUACUGGCUGCUGAAAGACGAUUGCUCCUUCUCUUUCGUCCCUCGUUCCCGGUUGGAGCUUCCUGAUAAUUUUCCGAAGGAGAUCCCGGGAACAUGCUACUUCCUGGAGGGAGGGACUUCCCAUAGCCACACCUCCCUGACAAGCUCCCGUUCCGCCCCCCCAGAGCCCCUGAGGAAAGUGUCUUACAGCAUCGGCACCAUGUUCCUGCGAGAGACCAGUCUAUAGGCUCCCAAAACACAGACACACACACACUGCAUCAACACACACACACACACACACACACACACACACACACACACACACACACACACACUGCAUCAACACACACACACACACACACUGCAUCAACACACACACACACACACACACAUUGCAUCAACAUACACACACAACUCUAAACCUAUAGCCCAAACCCUACCCCAUGUUUAAAUAGGAGACUAGAGAUGACAAUACCCUCCUACCCCAAACCAGGACGCAGUCCUCUUAACAACCUCCCUCGCUUUUCCAUUUAGAAACAGACACUCCUCGCUUCACCAAGUUACCAAGGGCAACCUCCCUUUACCCUGCAACCCCACCACAAACCAGACUUUGAAGGUUGAGAGAAGAGGAGGGAAAACAUCAAAAUCAACAGAGACAAUAUAAUAGAAUAAUCUAGCAAGUUCAAAACUUAACUAAAGCCUUCUGCUUGUAGAACAAGGUAUACUGUAACCACGGAUACCACGGCUGGCUGUCAGUCUGGGCAUGGCAGGAACUGUGUUAUUAUCAACAACGCUCACAACUCAGUGCCUUCUUCACUAGAACACUCCAGACAUACACUCUCAAACCCCCAACAUGUGAGCUGGCUGAACACACAGGGAAAUGGAACGAGGUCUGCAGCUCUGAUACUCCCCACAGUGAUGUGUGUGACUCUCCCAAAUCAGUCACUGUGGGGAGUCUAUGUUGUUUCGGUCCAGCUAGCAGCUGAACCACUGAGAUGUUCGGACAUUUUCUCUUUCAGUUAGCUGAAUGCAUCCAUCUCCCAGCCCAUCUGUCAACACUAAACCAUGGACAUGAGCAAACAGCACGUAAAUCCAUCCACCCCCCUCCCCUCCAUCCACCAACUCUAAUAACCGAGGUGUGGAUAGGAAGGGGGGGGGGGGGGGGGUCUCUAACUCUAACUCUAUGUCAUUCCAGAUCUCUACGUCAUUCUAUGUUUUUAGAGCAAUAACCUUGGGAUCCUAUCUCUGUCACCACUCUAGUCCCCAACCUCAUUUCUCUCUCACACACACAAACACACAUUGGCUUGUUACAAUAAGAAAUGGCCCGCUUCAAUCAAAUACAAUUCUAACAUAUUUGUGCUGGAAGUGGUUUUUGAUGUCAUUGAUUUAGCUGUGAGGUUAAACUAUUAAAGAUAAAAAAUUAAACAAAAUAAUCAGUCAGUCACCCCAUUGAGACUAUGUUGGCUUUCCAACAGCAUCACAAUCAAAUGUUCCAUCCCAUGUUGGCUUUCCAACAGCAUCACAAUCAAAUGUUCCAUCCCAUGUUGGCUUUCCAACAGCAUCACAAUCAAAUGUUCCAUCCCAUGUUGGAGUUCUACACCAACAGCAUCAUAAUCAAAUGUUCCAUCCCACGUUGGAGUUCUACACCAACAGCAUCAUAAUCAAAUGUUCCAUCCCAUGUUGGCUUUCCAACAGCAUCACAAUCAAAUGUUCCAUCCCACUUUGGAGUUCUACACCAACAGCAUCAUAAUCAAAUGUUCCAUCCCAUGUUGGCUUUCCAACAGCAUCACAAGCAAAUGUUCCUUCCCAUGUUGGAGUUCUACACCAUUAGCAUCAUAAUCAAAUGUUCCAUCCCAUGUUGGCUUUCCAACAGCAUCACAAUCAAAUGUUCCAUCCCACGUUGGAGUUCUACACCCUCAGCAUCAUAAUCAAAUGUUCCAUCCCAUGUUGGCUUUCCAACAGCAUCACAAUCAAAUGUUCCAUCCCAUGUUGGAGUUCUACACCAACAGCAUCAUAAUCAAAUGUUCCAUCCCAUGUUGGAGUUCUACACCAACAGCAUCAUAAUAAAAUGUUCCAUCCCACGUUGGAGUUCUACACCAACAGCAUCACAAUCAAAUGUUCCAUCCCACGUUGGAGUUCUACACCAACAGCAUCAUAAUCAAAUGUUCCAUCCCAUGUUGGAGUUCUACACCAACAGCAUCAUAAUCAAAUGUUCCAUCCCAUGUUGGAGUUCUACACCAACAGCAUCAUAAUCAAAUGUUCCAUCCCAUGUUGGAGUUCUACACCAACAGCAUCAUAAUCAAAUGUUCCAUCCCACGUUGGAGUUCUACACCAACAGCAUCAUAAUCAAAUGUUCCAUCCCAUCUUGGAGUUCUACACCAACAGCAUCACAAUCAAAUGGUCCAUCCCACGUUGGAGUUCUACACGAACAGCAUCAUAAUCAAAUGUUCCAUCCCAUGUUGGAGUUCUACACCAACAGCAUCAUAAUCAAAUGUUCCAUCCCACGUUGGAGUUCUACACCAACAGCAUCAUAAUCAAAUGUUCCAUCCCAUGUUGGAGAUCUACACCAACAGCAUCAUAAUCAAAUGUUCCAUCCCACGUUGGAGUUCUACACCAACAGCAUCAUAAUCAAAUGUUCCAUCCCAUGUUGGAGUUCUACACCAACAGCAUCAUAAUCAAAUGUUCCAUCCCACGUUGGAGUUCUACACCAACAGCAUCAUAAUCAAAUGUUCCAUCCCACGUUGGAGUUCUACACCAACAGCAUCAUAAUCAAAUGUUCCAUCCCAUGUUGGAGUUCUACACCAACAGCAUCACAAUCAAAUGUUCCAUCCCAUGUUGGAGUUCUACACCAACAGCAUCAUAAUCAAAUGUUCCAUCCCACGUUGGAGUUCUACACCAACAGCAUCACAAUCAAAUGUUCCAUCCCACGUUGGAGUUCUACACCAACAGCAUCAUAAUCAAAUGUUCCAUCCCAUGUUGGAGUUCUACACCAACAGCAUCAUAAUCAAAUGUUCCAUCCCAUGUUGGAGUUCUACACCAACAGCAUCAUAAUCAAAUGUUCCAUCCCACGUUGGAGUUCUACACCAACAGCAUCAUAAUCAAAUGUUCCAUCCCAUCUUGGAGUUCUACACCAACAGCAUCACAAUCAAAUGUUCCAUCCCACGUUGGAGUUCUACACGAACAGCAUCAUAAUCAAAUGUUCCAUCCCAUGUUGGAGUUCUAUACCAACAGCAUCAUAAUCAAAUGUUCCAUCCCACGUUGGAGUUCUACACCAACAGCAUCAUAAUCAAAUGUUCCAUCCCACGUUGGAGUUCUACACCAACAGCAUCAUAAUCAAAUGUUCCAUCCCAUGUUGGAGUUCUACACCAACAGCAUCAUAAUCAAAUGUUCCAUCCCACGUUGGAGUUCUACACCAACAGCAUCAUAAUCAAAUGUUCCAUCCCACGUUGGAGUUCUACACCAACAGCAUCAUAAUCAAAUGUUCCAUCCCAUGUUGGAGUUCUACACCAACAGCAUCACAAUCAAAUGUUCCAUCCCAUGUUGGAGUUCUACACCAACAGCAUCAUAAUCAAAUGUUCCAUCCCAUGUUGGAGUUCUACACCAAAGAACUUCACCAUGUAAGAUAACCUGUAAAAACACAAGUGUGUGUGCGUGUGUCCGAGCGAGCGAGAAGUAAGUGUAAGAUAACCUGUAAAAACACAAGUGUGUGUGCGUGUGUCCGAGCGAGCGAGAAGUAAGUGUAAGAUAACCUGUGGAUCUGUUAUUGCAUUAAACUCUGUACAAAAUAACUUGUAUGUAAAAAGGCCUAUAUCUAUAUUAAAUAUGUACAAUUUAGAAAUAUUUAAUAAUUCAACAGAAAAUAUUCAAUUUUAAAUAUCAUUCUAUGUUGUACUUGUUGGUAUUAUUCACAAGUUUAGAUGAGUACAUUCACAUUUCUGUUGACUUUUUUCUUUUUUUGGUGAAAUGAUUUGACAUGUCUGAGUCGUCUGUUAUCUAGGCCUAUAAAUAACAUUACUGAUAUAUCUGGUUGGAAACACGUUGAAAUCUGUUGAAUGACUGAGUUGUAAGGCACAUCCUCUGUCAAAUAAGUCGUCAAUAAAAAUCAGCAGAUAUGUUUAAAAAUGAA